AAUAUCCCUAUUUAUCUAAUGGAUAUAGUCAUUAUAACGAUAAUAAGACUACUUUUAUUUUUAUAUCCAUUUGUGUGUGUGUGCUUUUCUUUUCUUUUCAUUAUUUGCUUGAAAUAAAGUUAAACAGAUAAUAUUAUGAUUUCAAUAUUUAAUAUACCAUAAUCAGUCAGACUUCUUAACCUUUGUACGAUUAAUACUAUAUGAGAGCCUUUUUCAUCAAAGCUACUAGUAGUAGUAGGAUUUUUUUUUUUUAUAUCUUCAAAUUAAAUUAAAUUAAUAUUAUUGGAUAAUAAAAAUAGGAGAAAAGAAUAUACAGUACACACACACAUAAUAACACUGUUACUACUAUUGCUGCUGUAUAAUUUUACUUCCUUUAUCAGAGCUAAUAUCCUAAAAAAGGUAUAAAUCAACGUAUUCCAAUUUAAUUUGCUCCCCCUCCCCUUUUUUUUUCGUUUUCUUUUCUUAACCAAUAAAUAAAUAAAUAAAAUGGGGGCUCCUGCCUAUGUAUUUUCUACCUUAGACGACGAGCCGAUUGCUGUUCUUCAAAAAAGGGUAACAAAAAUGGAUCAUCAACAGACUAAUACAACAUUAAGAACGAAAAAAUUAGCAGCAGAAGAUGAAUUAGAAGAAUUAGAAGUUGAUGAUUCUUUUAUAAAAGAAAAUAAGCAACAACAAACACUACAUCCAAGAGAUUAUAGUAAUUUUAUUCUACUUGUUAUUUUAUAUUUAUUACAAGGUAUUCCUGUUGGUCUUUCCUUUGGUUCUAUCCCUUUUCUUUUGAAAGCUAAACUCUCCUAUUCCCAAAUCGCUGUAUUUUCAUUGUCGUCUUGGCCUUAUUCUCUUAAGCUUAUUUGGUCACCCAUUGUCGAUGCCGCCUAUACGCCUAAACUUGGACGUCGCAAAUCAUGGAUUGUACCCAUUCAAAUUCUUACUGGCAUCUUAUUUUAUAUAUUAGGUACUCGUAUUGAUGAACUUAUGGAACACGAUGUGCCCAUCUAUACAUUAACUUAUGCCUUUUUGACUGUCAUCUUUUUCUGUGCUACACAAGAUAUUGCCGUGGAUGGUUGGGCUUUGACACUUUUGUCAAAGGACUCAUUAUCGUAUGCUUCAACAGCACAAACGAUUGGUCUCAACUGCGGUUACUUUUUAUCCUUUACUGUCUUCUUGUCGUUUAAUUCAGUUGAAUUUAGUAACAAAUAUUUAAGAACUGUUCCACAAUCAGUAGGCGUAUUAGGUUUGGGAGCCUAUAUGCGAUUUUGGGCUAUUAUGUAUUUAGUUGUAACGGCCUAUUUGGUAUUUUUCAAGACAGAACGUAAGGAGCCUGCAGAUCAAGUGUUGGGUAUUAAAGAAGUGUAUGGAACUAUUUGGAAGAUUUGUAAAUUGCCUCACAUGAAGUCCUUUGUGAUCGUUUUGUUGAUUGCAAAGAUUGGAUUUAUUUGUCAUGAAGCAGUUACCUCACUCAAGUUAUUAGAGAAAGGAUUUUCAAGAGAGGAUAUGGCUUUAUCCGUCUUGUUUGAUUUUCCUUUACAAAUCUUUUUUGGUUAUUAUGCAGCUAAAUGGUCUAAUGGAACAAGACCAUUAAAGCCAUGGUUAUAUGCAUUUUAUGGUCGAUUAGCGUGUUCUGUCCUAGGCAUGUUCAUUGUAGCAGGAUACCCUAAUGGACAAAGUGUAAAUGGCUUUUACUUUGGCAUGAUCAUGUUGUCUACUGUGUUAAGUUCAUUUAUGUCAACUGUUCAAUUUGUCAGUAUAUCAGCAUUUAUGACAGGCAUUGCUGAUCCAAUUAUUGGUGGAACCUAUAUGACCUUAUUAAAUACAUUUAGUAAUUUUGGAGGUACUUGGCCGAAAUUCUUUGUAUUAGAAGCAGUUGAUUACUUUACAGUCAAUCAAUGUACCAUAGCUAAUGAGCAAGGUGAAUAUCCUUCUUGUAGUAUAGAAACAGGUAAAGCAUGGUGUAAAGAAGCUAAUGGAGAAUGUAAACUUGAGAAGGAUGGAUAUUUCAUUGUUGGUACAUUAUGCGUAUUAUUAGGUUUAUUUACUUUAUUGGUUUAUAUUAAGCCAAUGGUGAAACGAUUAGAGAAAUUACCAAAAGCAAUGUGGCGAUUAAACAACAAUAAUGUGACACUAUAAAAGCAAUAAUAAUGUUGGUUUUUUUUUUUUUUUUUUUUCUUUUGUACAUUAUUUUUUUU